GCAACUACUGUCAAUCGAAUGUUUAACUACAUCCAUUCAUAUAGUUUUGCUUCCACGCAUCUCCUAAUCAACAAUCUCAUUUUUUAUUUGUGCAUAACAGCAGUACGCCAAGAAAACAUACAAUUAGAUGCGAUUUAGUGCAAAGCAGCUAUUGCUUCAUAAGGGCAGCGUUGACGAAAGAAAGCGUAGAAAAUGUGCGUAGAUUAGCUAAUAGUCAAUAGCGGUAUCGCGAGUCGAUGGGGAGGUAUUUGCUUCAUUAGUCGUUUUGCUGGCUGUGAGUGAAAAUAGUGAAACGCGACCUUCUGCCGAAUCCUUCGGUUGAAACAAGGAAGUGAUAGUUUGAUUGCACUCGGUACCUCCACAUUUUCACGGUUCACAGCAAUGGUGCUCAAUGUGAAGUGGAUUCCGACGGAGAUAUUUCUGCUGUUUGCGUUGAUCAUUCAGAAUCAACCAUCGGAAUGUGCCCACCUGACAGGAGCAUUCCCAGUGGAUGAUUUCUUUAGGUUUCUAAUCAAAUUUGGCUUUCAAAAAACGGAGAAACAUUCGCAGCAGAAUACAGAGUCGGAUACGUUCGGAUACAUCUAUGGAAACAUUACAUCACGAGCAAAUUUAAUGGUUCCGAUAACGUUUGCCGUGCUGGAUAAGCACAACUUCUUAGAGUAUUAUGCAAAUCGAAACAACUAUAACCGGGAGGUUGCCUGCCAGCGCAUGUUCGACAAAUUAGAUAAGGUGGCAUUCAACAGUCGGUGCAAUAACGGAGCAGAAGCGGAUUAUCUGCGACGGAUACCUUGCGAGAAGGGCAAACUUUGUGCGGACGAGGAUACCCCUUCCAACGUGGUCGCGGGAAGUCAGUUCACAUACGUGAUCAACGAUCCGAACGUGCCGAGAUUUUGGUACGUUUCUAUUGUUUCCUGCUAUCAGAAUGUUACCACUUGUCAGUGGCAUUAUUACGACUAUCGAAAAUACCACACCGAACCACCGGAGAUCGACUUCGACAUCCAGCUGGUCAAUGGGAAUCCAAACAGGCAGAGUGCAUCCUUCUUCAAUCCGCUACUGUUCCACUUCUCCUUCGAUCAGCAAAACACGCUGGAGAUGUACUUGAUAUUUUGCAUAGUUUACUUGGUAAUGGUGCCACUGCAGAUUUAUGCGGUUCGCCUUCAAAAACAUCCCGUGACAAGACUCUUCACCGUUAGUUUGGUGUUGGAAUUCAUCAGCGUUUGCCUGCUGCUCAUCCACACCGUGCGAUACGCGAUGAACGGUGUUGGAAACGAGAAUCUGGCGAUCACCGGUGAUAUUUUUGACAUCUUCAGUAGGACCUCAUUUAUGCUGAUAUUGCUACUGCUAGCUAAGGGCUGGGCUGUGACUAGACUACAGAUCUCCGUGAGCAGUUGGAUCCUUUUGAUGGUCAUUUGGAUUCCCUAUUGUGCAAUUCAUGUGCUUCUGUAUAUCUGGAAUAGGACGGAAGUCGACAUUAUCUCCGAUACUGACGAGUAUCAAACGUGGCCAGGGUGGCUCGUGCUUGCUUGCAGAUCUACGAUGAUGCUGUGGUUUUUAUGGGAGCUGAGGACAACGAUGAAAUACGAGCAUUCGACGCAGAAGCUGGACUUCUUGCUGCACUUUGGAGCCUCUAGUCUGGUGUGGUUCAUCUAUUUGCCCAUUGUAGCCAUCAUUGCAGUCAAUGUCAGUCCACUGUGGCGAUAUAAACUGUUGCUAGGAAUAACAAACUCCGCCGACUGUCUGGCGUACUGCGUUAUGAUGGGUUUGCUGUGGCCGAAUCGAGCUGGUCAAUAUCUCCUGCUGACUGGGUCUAAUUAUACCGGAAUGGACGAACUGGAUGAGUUCAACGAGGCGCCCCACAUCAUCCACCGGGACACGGAUGUGCUACGAGUUGGAUGUGUUGACGAUUUCGUCGAGAAUGAUGAUGAAAUUGAAACGCUAGUGUUGAGUACGGAUGAUCUGUUGAACACCGGAAAUCAUCUCAGCGGAGCAGAUCAUCAUCAUCCCAAUCUGGUGAGUACUGGAGGCAGCAAACCGUUGGUAUUGAACGGUCGAAGUCGUAACCAUUUGUAGAAAUGUGAGCCACCCUUGGUGCCCGAUGCUGCUGCAUUUGUUGUAGACUUUUAAGCUGUAACGUUCAUUGAAUGAAAAACCUUCGAGUUUUGUGAAUGGUAAUGUAAUUCAAUUUUUUAAAAAAAAGAUAAGGACUAUCUAAAUUAAAUAAAUUAUCGAGAGUCUAAUGAAACAUGAUACUAUGUGCCAUAUCGGAGCAGAUUGUAGCUGUGUUAACGAUCAGAACAUGCAAAAUUAAUGGCUCAAUAGACAAACGAGAGACUCUCGCCGUUGUAGAGUACUUCGACAGUAGAGUUGGGAAUAGCUUAUUUCGUUUUCAAUCUGAAGCAUGUAAUUAUUAUGUCACCUUCCAGUAGUUUAAUGAAAGGCGUGUGAUACAUAAGGAACAAUAGCAAUGAACCACAGGCGAAAAAAGAGAGAAAGCGAUGUUAUAUAUAUAUAAUUCGAUAGGUCGUAGAAUUAGGAAACUUAAUUAACUACUGAAACCAAUAAGUAUUUCAAUCUCUGCGAAAAUAGGUUUGAUAAUUCCGUACUGUUUUUUGUGAUUACUUUGUUCUGUAUUCUUUUCCAGUAGGACUUAGCAUCAUAAACUUUUCGAUAUAAUUUACCUAAUUGUUCUCUCCCUACAUUUUCUAUUCCUCAUACGAAGCGGCAUUUUAUUAGCAUCACAAACAUUAACCACUGCUGCAAACCACAAAUGCAAUUUAAGUACCUUUAAGCAUAAUGAAAUGAAACAAGAAAAAUCACAUGCAAUACUACUCAACAUACUAACUCACGAAAUAUGCAGCUUAAAUGAUACAAAGCUUUUUUUCCAAAAACGAGACAGAGCCACUAUUUUACCGAAUUUAAAGCUAGAAUACCAAUUAUUUAUUACAUAAUCAACACAAACCAUAAAUACUAAAUGAAACGAGAAUUUUAACGGACGAAAUAUGAACUCAAUUAACAUAAACAGACGUAAGAAACUAUUGGGAAAAAAAGUUAUGAAUCGAAGAUAGAAAAAACAACACGGAAUAGAUUAAAGUUGUGAUAAUUUAUAUACAAAAGUGGAAUGAGCAAAUUAUUGCAAAUUAUUACUGUAAAUACUUUUUAGGAAUCUUAACCAAUCGAACAAGAAUCGUGAUUUGUAGCUCACUUACAAGUUUAGUGACGUGGAAACAAAGAAACAAAAAAAAUGGGCAGAAUACUAUAACAAAGUAAGUGGAGAAAAUAAUCUCAACAGUUUAAUACAUAUGCAGAGUUUUAUACGAUCACCAAAAGUAUGACGAUCAAAUUUUAACAAAUCGUUUUUGUGUACAUAUGAAAUAUUCGCCUAAUAAAAACAAAGGAUACAUUUGGAUAAAAG